GGAGCGGGAGAAGGGGACCAGAGGGCUGGAAAACUGGGUCCCGGGGGGGAUGGACUGGGCACCAGUACUUCUAGAUCCUGGCGAAGAGGGAGGCUGGGGGCCUGGACCUUUGGUUCUGUGGAAAAGGGGUUGAGAUCUCGGAUUCCUCAGUCUGAGCGAAGAGACUGGGUGCUGGGAGCUAGGACUUCUGGGUCUCAGGAAGGAAGAGCUGGAGGCCACGCCGCCAUGCCUUCCUCUGGGCCCAGCGCAGCCCUCCUUCUCCUCUUGCCACCGCUGCUGCUGCUGCGCACUGUCCUGGCCUUGCCUCUGGAGCGGGGGACGCCCAAGCAGGAGAGCCCUGCGACCGAGAGCCCAGACACUGGCCUGUACUACCACCGGUACCUCCAGGAAGUCAUCAACGUGCUGGAGACAGACGGGCAUUUCCGUGAGAAGCUGCAGGCUGCGAACGCCGAGGACAUCAAGAGUGGAAAGCUGAGCCGGGAGCUGGACUUUGUCAGCCACCAUGUCCGCACCAAGCUGGACGAGCUCAAGAGGCAGGAGGUGUCUCGGCUACGGAUGCUGCUCAAGGCCAAGAUGGAUGCGGAGCAGGAGCCCAAUGUACAGGUGGAUCACCUGAGCCUCCUGAAGCAGUUUGAACAUCUGGACCCUCAGAAUCAGCACACCUUCGAGGCCCGGGACCUGGAGCUGCUGAUCCAGACGGCCACCCGGGACCUCGCCCAGUACGACGCAGCCCAUCAUGAAGAGUUCAAACGCUAUGAGAUGUUGAAGGAACACGAGAGACGCCGUUAUCUGGAGUCCCUGGGAGAGGAGCAGCGAAAGGAGGCAGAGAGAAAGCUGGAAGAACAACAACGCCGGCACCGAGAGCACCCCAAAGUCAAUGUACCUGGCAGCCAAGCCCAGUUGAAGGAGGUAUGGGAGGAGCUGGAUGGAUUGGACCCCAACAGGUUUAACCCCAAGACCUUCUUCAUACUGCAUGAUAUCAACAGUGAUGGGGUCCUGGAUGAACAGGAGCUGGAGGCCCUCUUCACCAAGGAGCUGGAGAAGGUGUAUGACCCGAAGAACGAAGAAGAUGACAUGCGGGAGAUGGAGGAGGAGCGGCUUCGCAUGAGGGAGCACGUGAUGAAGAACGUGGACACCAACCAGGACCGCCUUGUGACCCUGGAGGAGUUCCUCGCAUCCACCCAGAGGAAGGAGUUUGGGGACACCGGGGAGGGCUGGGAGACAGUGGAGAUGCACCCUGCCUACACGGAGGACGAACUAAGGCGUUUUGAGGAGGAGUUGGCCGCCCGGGAGGCAGAGCUGAAUGCCAAGGCGCAGCGCCUCAGCCAGGAGACGGAGGCCCUGGGGCGCUCUCAGGGCCGCCUGGAGGCCCAGAAGAGAGAGUUGCAGCAGGCCGUUCUGCAAAUGGAACAAAGAAAACAGCAGCAGCGAGGCCAGAACAGCCCAGCCCCUGGCCCCGAGGGACAGCUCCAGUUCCACCCGGACACAGAUGAUGCACCUGUCCCAGCUCCAGCAGGUGACCAGAAGGAUGGCGACCCUUUAGAAAAGAAGGUUCCCGAUCAGCCUCCACAGCUGCCCCAGUUGGACACCCAACACCUGUGAUCCUCCUGGGACCCCCCCCCCAACACACACACACGCUCUGGGUUCCUACGGAGGCAGCUGGUGGGAGGGGGCUGUGGAGUCGACAUCAACCUCCCUGGGGGGCCAGCGACUUGUGUGGCCGCCUGGGGGAGGGAAGGGCCAGGUGGCUCUUCACACAUUGCUCCCUGAGCCCUACAUCUGCCCCUCAGCUUCCACAGCCUCCCAGUCUGUGCUCCCUUCUUUCCGAGACCCCCAAGUCUAGUUGGACCCUCACUGCAUCCCUAACUUAGGGAAGUCCUCUCCCUCCUGAGAAGGGUUGGCCUUGUGCCUGCCUUCUCAAGAUGGUUUGGCCUCAGCUGCCCAGAUCAUGGCUACCCUGGCAUCCUGCCUUUGUCCCCACUGCUGCUGGAAUGCCUGCUGUCCGGCUUCUGUCGGCUGAUGAGGUAUUUUUUUUGGGGGGGGGGGUUCUCGAGAGAACCAUUGAUGCUCAAGGACAGUGUCUUCCUCAUGGCUGGCUGCGAUGGGCAGCAGAGUCCUGAGCAUAGCUGACUAGUGCUGACCCCAGCAACCCAGACUCUCUCUGACCCCUGGCUUCCAGCUGCCUGGCUCCUUGCCCUUUUCCCACACAGCCCCAGAGGGGACCUGGAGCCAACCCAGCCCCAGUAUCAGGCUCCAGCCCCUCAGCCCAUGGAGGAGGCCCUGCCCCACUUUCUGGCCUUUUUUCACAUGGCUCCAAGUUCUGCUCUGUACUCCAGUUCCAUCCAAAUACACUUUCUGGAACACUUUC